CUACACCACAGUUCCGGGUUUUAGCCGAGAGCUGCUGCUCGCGACUGCUGGUCUGGCAGGCGCUUACAAACCAGCACCAUGUCUCUUUUAAUAGAUAAUGAAUUUAAAGAACUUCCUCCUGACAAGUCAAUUGACACGAAGACGUUCCUGGAAAACGUUUCUCAUCUUCCUCCAUUUUUUGACUGCUUGGGAUCAAAAAUAUUUUCUGUCAUCAAAUCGGACAUUAAUGGCAAUAUAACGAAAAUAAAAGCAGUUUAUGUAAAGGAUCCUGCAAAGUAUGUCACCUUGCAGGACAUCUUGGAGGCAGAGCGAGAAGCCUAUGGAGCAGACUGGCCUAAAGUUGGAGCAACAUUAGCUCUGAUGUGGCUAAAGAGGGGUCUCCGUUUCAUACAGGUACUACUGCAAAGUUUGGCUGAUGGAGAAAGAGAUGAGAACAACCCCAACCACAUUCGGGUCAAUGUCACCAAAGCCUAUGAACACGCGCUGAAGAAAUAUCAUGGCUGGAUUGUCCAAAAGGUUUUCAAUGCAGCGUUACUCGCAGCUCCCUACAGAUCAAACUUCCUCAAGGCUCUUUCUAAAGGAGAGGAAGUGAGAGAGGAGGACUGUCUGGCAAAUGUGCGUCAUUUCCUGGUAAAUUACACCGCCACUGUAGAUGCCAUCUACGAGAUGUACACAAAUCUGAAUGCGGAACUGGAUUACACAGUUUGAUGUAACUGGGCAUAGCUGGACCGGAGAUGCAGGAAUCAUCCCUCUAGGGUGCGGCACAAGUCCUGUUUUUUAAAGGGUUUUGGAUAAAACCUUUAUUUCUUCCUUGGUUUGGUAUUUAUUGUUUUGAUUAGACCUUCCUGAAUAUUUUGUUUGCAUUUCUGGUUUUAAAAUGAUGCUAAUGCCUUAACUUAAAAGAAAAAUGGUUGCUGGAAUUGCUUUGUUUUUGUAUUUAAUUCCAAGUUAAUACAGGACUGUGAACAGUAAGAGAGCUGCUGUCCCUCUAAGCCAGGAUUACGUAACUGCAGGGUGUUGCUUCUUUAUUUAUGACAUGAUUUUCAUCAUGAAAGAAAUACAAGACUGUAAAUCUUGUCAAUAAUGGGAGAGAUACUUAUUAACUUCUUAUAUUCCCAACUUCUAUGGGUACUGAGUCCCUGGAGUCUUUUUUUGCAUUAUAACAACAUUGUGCCUUAGUGUGGUUGAACUAAAAAUAUAAUAA